AGUCACACCACUACAAGCAUUGUAGCCUAAAUCUUUCUCUCCUAAAAUGAGGUCCUCUAUUAUUUUCUCAUUUCUUUCAGUGCUAACUUACUUCUCCGCCUCUAUCCAUGCAGCUAGAUUUGAUAUCACAAACAGAUGCCCCUACACCGUCUGGGCAGCAGCCGUGCCCGGUGGUGGAAGGCAGCUGAACUCAGGCGAAACAUGGCCCCUUGACGUGAACGCAGGCACGAAAGGGGCUCGCAUAUGGGCUCGUACAGGUUGUAACUUCGAUGGGGCUGGACGCGGCAGUUGCCAGACUGGCGACUGCGGCGGCAUUCUCCAAUGCCAGGGCUAUGGGCAGCCGCCCAACACGUUGGCCGAGUACGCACUGAACCAAUUCCAGAACUUAGAUUUCUUCGAUAUCUCACUGGUGGAUGGGUUCAAUGUCCCCAUGGUCUUCAAUCCCACAUCAAAUUGCAACCGAGGGAUCACGUGUAACGCAAAUAUAAACGGUGAAUGCCCCGCUGUGUUGAGAGCCUCUCGAGGCUGCAACAAUCCAUGCACUGUCUUCAAAACCGAUCAGUAUUGUUGCAACUCCGGUAACUGUGCACCCACAGAUUAUUCGAGGUUCUUUAAGCAGAGAUGCCCUGAUGCUUAUAGUUACCCUAAGGAUGAUCAAACCAGCACAUUUACGUGCCCUGGUGGGACUAACUAUAAGGUUGUCUUCUGCCCUUGAUGAAUUAAUGAUCGUAUAACUUAAACUACUAUUAGCUUAUAUUUAUCUAAGCUAAUAGAUUUUUAUAUAUAUUUAUCUAGUUAUGCAAAUUUUCUGUAAUGUGUUUUAUGUCACGUAGAAUAAAAGCAUAUAUAUAUAUGCUUAUUUUGUUGGCAUACUCUGUAGGGUGUGCUGAAAGUUUGUACGUGUACGUCGUUCUUAUAUAUUAUAAACUUAAUUCUAUA